UGUGGGCUUCGCACCGCGUGCUCGGGAGGCUGCACCACUCGGCUCCUGGCUGUGCGGCUGGCGAGAGCUCUUCAGGCCUUUCGGAGUGGGCGUGUGGAGCUGUUCUGAGUGGGACGAAGUUCUCAGCAAUGGCGAUGCCACUGGCAAUGCUGCUUGACUGGUGCAGGUGGAUGGGUGUGAACGCGCACCGUUCCCUGCUCAUCCUGGGCAUCCCUGACGACUGCGGGGACCAGGAAUUCCAGGAGGCUGUGCACGCUGCCCUGUGGCCCCUGGGCAGGUACCGACUGCUGGGCAAAGUAUUCAGAAAGGAGCUUGGAUGCAAGGUCGCCUUGGUCGAGUUUGCUCAGUAUUUAAACCGAAGUUUGAUCCCUCGACAGAUACCAGGAGAAGGAGGACCCUGGCCUGUGGUCUUUCUGCCCCAGGCCCCUGAUUCAGAGUCACAGGAUAGACCAGAUUUCCCUGCACAGCCCCAGAGUCAAGCAGCAGCUUGUCAGGCAAGUGGCGCAGGAGCUGCAGGUGGGGCGGGAGCUGCAGGGGAGGAAGCUGCGAGUGAGGCGGGAGCUGCAGGGGAGGAAGCUGCGAGUGAGGCGGGAGCUGCAGGGGAGGAAGCUGCGAGUGAGGCGGGAGCUGCAGGGGAGGAAGCUGCGAGUGAGGCGGGAGCUGCAGGGGAGGAAGCUGCGAGUGAGGCGGGAGCUGCAGGGGAGGAAGCUGCGAGUGAGGCGGGAGCUGCAGGGGAGGCAGGAGCUGCAGAUGGAGGAGGAGUGUCCCAUGAGGGAGCCGCAGGUGCAGCAGCAGCUGGGGGUGUGGCAGAAGUAGCAGGUGAGGAAGGAGCUGCCGGUGUGGCAGGAGCCCAAGAUGAAGGGGGGGUGUCCGAUGAGGAGGGAGCGGCAGGUGACACAGGGAUUGCCGGCAUGGCAGGAUCUGUGAGCAUGGCGGGAGCUGCCGGGGAGGAAGGAGCUGUGGGGGUUUCAGGAGCCAUAGAUGCGGGAGGAUCUUGGACCCAGCAGUGGAAUCAGGCCCAGCAACUUGUGCUGGAAAAUAUAGCCUUUGGGGAAUUGAGAGCCUUUUCUGGGUUGGAAGAGCCAGACCAAGAGCAAGAGUCCUUUGAGAGUUGGCUGGACCAUGCCAAUGACAUGCUGUACACGUGGCGCUACGUGUCCGAAAGGGAGAGGAGGCGGCGGCUGCUGGAAAGCUUGGGUGGCCCCGCGCUGGAGCUCCUGGGCAGCCUCCUGGCAGAAAAUCCUGACAUGCCCUCGCAGGAUUGCCUGGCCGCGCUGGUACAGGUGUUUGGGGACAAGGACUCCUGCGUGACCGCCCGGCUCAAGUUCCUGACUUGUGCUCAGCGGCCUCAGGAGACUUUGUUUGCCUAUGUGAUGCGUCUGGAGGGCCUGCUGCAGUUGGCCGUGGAGAAGGGGGCCUUCCACCCUGUCGUCACAGACCAGGUUCGCGCCAGGCAGGUGCUGAUGCGGGCCCGGCCGAACGAGCUGCUCCAGAACAAGCUGAGGAGGAUGCGACUGGAAAGGAGACCACCUGGCUUCCUGGGGAUGUUGCGUCUGAUUCGGGAGACUGAAGCAUGGGAGGCCAUCCCAGUUAGCGGUGAGCAGUUCCAACCGGAAGUAGGGGCCUGUGUGGACAGUGGAGGGCUGGCUGCUGCCCAGGCUGCCCCUGCCUGUGAGGAAGUUGCUGAAGCCUCUGCAGCCAACGAAGAUGCUUUCCGGGCUGACCCGGCUCUCGAAGUUGUCACCGAGGGUACCCCUGGGGGUGCAGAUGAAACCGGGGAUCUCCCAGCCAAUGAAGAUGCUUUUUGGGCUGCCCUGGUUCUUGAAGUCAUCACCGAGGGCACCCCUGCGGGUGCAGAUGAAACCGGGGAUCCCCCAGCCAACGAAGAUGCUUUCCGGGCUGACCCGGCUCUUGAAGUCGUCACUGAGGGCACCCCUGUGGGUGCAGAUGAAACCGGGGAUCCCCCAGCCAACGAAGAUGCUUUCCGGGCUGACCCGGCUCUCGAAGUUGUCACCGAGGGUACCCCUGUGGGUGCAGAUGAAACCGGGGAUCUCCCAGCCAAUGAAGAUGCUUUUUGGGCUGCCCUGGUUCUUGAAGUCGUCACCGAGGGCACCCCUGCGGGUGCAGAUGAAACCGGGGCCCCCCCAGCCAACGAAGAUGCUUUCCGGGCUGACCCGGCUCUCGAAGUUGUCACCGAAGGUACCCCUGGGGGUGCAGAUGAAACCGGGGAUCCCCCAGCCAACGAAGAUGCUUUCCGGGCUGACCCGGCUCUCGAAAUUGUCACCGAAGGUACCCCUGUGGGUGCAGAUGAAACCGGGGAUCCCCCAGCCAACGAAGAUGCUUUCCAGGCUGACCCGGCUCUUGAAGUUGUCACCGAGGGCACCCCUGUGGGUGCAGAUGAAACCGGGGCCCCCCCAGCCAACGAAGAUGCUUUCCGGGCUGACCCGGCUCUCGAAGUUGUCACCGAGGGUACCCCUGGGGGUGCAGAUGAAACCGGGGCCCCCCCAGCCAAUGAAGAUGCUUUUCGGGCUGACCCGGCUCUCGAAGUCAUCACCGAGGGCACCCCUGUGGGUGCAGAUGAAACCGGGGCCCCCCCAGCCAACGAAGAUGCUUUCCGGGCUGACCCGGCUCUUAGAGUCAUCACCGAGGGCACCCCUGCGGCUGCAGAUGAAACCGGGGAUCCCCCAGACAACGAAGAUGCUUUCUGGGCUGACCCGGCUCUUGAAGUUGUCACCGAGGGCACCCCUGCAGGUGCAGAUGAAACCGAGGCCCCCCCAGCCAACGAAGAUGCUUUCCGGGCUGACCCGGCUCUCGAAGUUGUCACCGAAGGUACCCCUGGGGGUGCAGAUGAAACCGGGGCCCCCCCAGCCAACGAAGAUGCUUUCCGGGCUGACCCGGCUCUUGAAGUCGUCACCGAGGGCACCCCUGUGGGUGCAGAUGAAACCAGAGAUCCCCCAGCCAACAAAGAUGCUUUCCGGGCUGACCUGGCUCUUGAAGUCGUCACUGAGGGCACCCCUGGGGGUACAGAUGAAACCGGGGAUCCCCCAGCCAACGAAGAUGCUUUCCGGGCUGACCCGGCUCUCGAAGUUGUCACCGAGGGUACCCCUGGGGGUGCAGAUGAAACCGGGGAUCUCCCAGCCAAUGAAGAUGCUUUUUGGGCUGCCCUGGUUCUUGAAGUCAUCACCGAGGGCACCCCUGCGGGUGCAGAUGAAACCGGGGAUCCCCCAGCCAACGAAGAUGCUUUCCGGGCGGACCCGGCUCUCGAAGUUGUAAUCGAGGGUACCCCUGGGGGUGCAGAUGAAACCGGGGAUCCCCCAGCCCACGAAGAUGCUUUCCAGGCUGACCCGUCUCUUGAAGUCGUCACUGAGGGCACCCCUGUGGGUGCAGAUGAAACCGGGGAUCCCCCAGCCAACGAAGAUGCUUUCCGGGCUGACCCGGCUCUCGAAGUUGUCACCGAGGGUACCCCUGUGGGUGCAGAUGAAACCGGGGAUCUCCCAGCCAAUGAAGAUGCUUUUUGGGCUGCCCUGGUUCUUGAAGUCGUCACCGAGGGCACCCCUGCGGGUGCAGAUGAAACCGGGGCCCCCCCAGCCAACGAAGAUGCUUUCCAGGCUGACCCGGCUCUCGAAGUUGUCACCGAAGGUACCCCUGGGGGUGCAGAUGAAACCGGGGAUCCCCCAGCCAACGAAGAUGCUUUCCGGGCUGACCCGGCUCUUGAAGUUGUCACCGAGGGCACCCCUGCAGGUGCAGAUGAAACCGAGGCCCCCCCAGCCAACGAAGAUGCUUUCCGGGCUGACCCGGCUCUUGAAGUUGUCACCGAGGGCACCCCUGCAGGUGCAGAUGAAACCGGGGCCCCCCCAGCCAACGAAGAUGCUUUCCGGGCUGACCCGGCUCUCGAAGUUGUCACCGAAGGUACCCCUGUGGGUGCAGAUGAAACCGGGGCCCCCCCAGCCAACGAAGAUGCUUUCCGGGCUGACCCGGCUCUCGAAGUUGUCACCGAGGGUACCCCUGGGGGUGCAGAUGAAACCGGGGCCCCCCCAGCCAACGAAGAUGCUUUUCGGGCUGACCCGGCUCUCGAAGUCAUCACCGAGGGCACCCCUGUGGGUGCAGAUGAAACCGGGGCCCCUCCAGCCAACGAAGAUGCUUUCCGGGCUGACCCGGCUCUCGAAGUCGUCACCGAGGGCACCCCUGCGGGUGCAGAUGAAACCGGGGAUCCCCCAGCCAAUGAAGAUGCUUUCCGGGCUGACCCGGCUCUCGAAGUCGUCACCGAGGGCACCCCUGUGGGUGCAGAUGAAACCGGGGCUCCCCCAGCCAACGAAGAUGUUUUCCGGGCUCACCUGGCUCUUGAAGUCGUCACCGAGGGCACCCCUGUGGGUGCAGAUGAAACCGGGGCUCCCCCAGCCAACGAUGAUGCUUUCCGGGCUGAUCCGGCUCUCGAAGUCGUCACUGAUGGCACCCCUUUGGGUGCAGAUGAAACCGGGGAUCCCCCAGCCAACGAAGAUGCUUUCCGGGCUGACCCGGCUCUUGAAGUCGUCACCGAGGGCACCACUGCGGGUGCAGAUGAAACCGAGGCCCCUCCCGCCAACGAAGAUCCUGCUGAGCCUGUCCCAGCCAACAUGGUGGCCAGUGAGGCAGUUCCUGGCACUGUGGAAGCUGAUAGGGCUGCCCCUGCCCCCCAGGAGAGCUCCAAGAUCUUCCCUGCUACUCACGAAGAUAAACAUGCUCCCAUCUCUGUGGGCCUAGGUCAGGCAAGACCCUCAGAGGCCCCUGGGGGUCCCAUUCCUGCCCAGAUGGGCCGAGUUCCCAGGGUGGGCCCAGGGGGUCCUGGCUAUGAGCCAGAGGGCCUAGCCCAGGCUGGAGACCAGGAGGCCAGAGGGCCCCCUGAGGAGGGGCUGGAGCCCAUCCCAGAGGAGUCGGGAAAUGAGGAUGGGGCUGGGGAGACGAUCCCCCCCAAGUCCUCCUCAGGCUAAUAGGCUCAGAAGGCCCAGGGGCCCCCUCUCCUCUCAGGCAGCAGAGCUCUGGAGGCAGGGGGAGGCCAUGCCGGGGCAGCAGCCUCACCCCAUGUGGGGGGGCAGGGCCGAGCGAGCAGCCCACUCAGCCCAAAUUCCUAGGACCCCACCUCCCCAAGGCACCCUAGCCACCACUAUGAGCCCUUCCAAGUGACCAAGAUGACCACACUUGACACCACAUGGGGUGGGGAAAGGUGCCCCCCCCAACCCAUGGCAGCGCCAUACCUGGCCCCAGCCCCAGUCCCAAUCCAUGCCAACUCAGGCAGCCAGUCUGGGAAGCACCCCUGAGUGGCUGACCCUAGCCUAGGUGAGGGGUACCCAGAGCCAUCUGCCACCUACACUGGACUGGGAGAUGUUAGGGACCGCCUCAAGGGUGCCAGCCUCUUGGGUUGCCCAAGAGGGAGACCCUCAUGUACAUCCCCCAGGGCACGUCGCUCCAUGUUCUGGGAAACCCACUUGUGUCUCUCUAGGGCCCUUAUGACCCACGUGUCACGUUACUCCCCCACCCCACUAGGUCCCGUUCCUGUGCAGAGCCUUGAGGUGUGCAGGAGCCCGCGGUGGGUGUCCUGGCCCACCGGGGCAGCCACCCCCCAGGCCGGGGGCCUGCCGUGAGCUUCGGUGGCGACCGGGGCUCCGCCUGCUCUCUCCCAGUGUUGUGAGCUCCACCGCUGCUUUCUCGGUGUAGAUUCAAGCCGGCCGCUGCUUGUUCUCGUGGAGAUGUGUGUGUGUGCUUCUCUGAGCAGCUGUCCCCAGCCCCAGCCCCGAGAUCCCCAGCCCAGUUCCAGGAGACGGCCGGAAGGAUGCCCGAGGGCACGGCUGCUGCUCGCCCCAUGACCUCGGGAAGGAGGAACCGACCAAGGACCGAGGUGGCCAGCGGGAGUCUCCACGGGAACCGUGCUCUGAUGUGCCACCCCGUUGUUUCUUGUGACUCCGUGUCCCGGGCUUGGCCGAGUGUCCCCUGCUGCAUUUUCCACCUUCCUGGGACUGUCCUGUGCAGGCCUUAGGGUGGCACCGGGCCCCAGCAUGUCAGCCAGAGGGGAGGGUGCCCUGGGGUGAGGGGAUGUGGCCAGUUUCUAUUGUCCUGGCCAGAGGUUGAUCGUGGGGCCCCCAGGAAGGGAGGCAGGAGGGCCACAGUGUUGGAGGAAGCAGAGACACCUCGUUUGGGACCCCAAGAGGAGGGGGGCAUAACCUAUGGGCUCUAGUGGCUGUUAGAUGUUCCUUUCUCUGUUGUCAUUCCCUCUUUGAUGGUUUCAGUAAAUGUUUUCUUCAAUAAAGUUCAUUGCAUGUUU